CUCUUUUUCCCUUUCUUUAAGAUGCUUCUCAAGACAUGGAUGACUUUUGUUUCCAUGUUGGCCAGCCUGGUUGCUGCUGCUCCUGCAAAGAACACAGGUGCUACCCGCUUUCAAGACUAUGGAUCACCUACUGUUUAUGUUGUAAACAACUGUGAGUCUACACUCAAAGUAGGUCAUUCUGCUGAUGUAGAAUACUAUGGUGAUAUUGUCAACGUUGCUGCUGGAAGCAAGUACACCAUUCACCCUCCUAUCAAUUGGUCUGGCAGAGUCUGGGGAAGAAUCAAUUGUGGUGGCCAAAACUGCUUCAAGUCCGGUAUGGGAUCACCUGCUUCUCUUGCCGAAUUUCACUUCAUGGACAAUGGUAAAGUGUUUUAUGACAUCUCUUUAGUAGAUGGAUACAAUUUGCCCAUGGUAGUUGAACCUACUAUCAAGGCAGAUGCUCUAGUAGGCACAGAUAAUCGUUGGUGUGCUGCUCCCACUUGUACUUCAUUCAAAUGUCCUUCUGGAUUUGAGGUGUAUGAUGAUCAAGGCAAUAUUUCUGGCUGUCAAAGUGCUUGUACCAAGUUUCAAACAGACGAAUACUGUUGUACAGGUGCUUUUGAUAGUGCUGAUACCUGUACUACAAACGCAUAUGCUUCUCAAAUCAAACAUACUUGUCCUGACGCUUAUUCUUAUGCUUAUGAUGAUGCUACCAGUGUCUAUAUGUGUACUUCAAAUGCUUAUACAGUUACCUUUUGUUAAAUUAUAUGUCAAAUGCUGGUAUCGUUUUACAUAAUAAACUUUGGUUUCUAUUUUUGGC